CGUUGGAUGGGAAUUGUAUGUUAAUGCUGCCGCUUCCUUCUUGUCUUGCAGCUCUCAACAUCGGACGAUUCCCUUCACUCUCCAAAACUAGGGCCUUCUCAGGGUACGAUGGCCUCUCAUCAGCCCCGUAUUUCAGGCAAAUGUGGGCUGAUCGGUCUCUCGCACAUGCGUGGAAAGAGCGGCAGUGUUGGUUCUGACCUGCAGUUUCUAGGAGUGAAUAACCCCUGGCAAGAUAAAGUGUGUGCCAGUCGCAAUUUCAUCCGCAAGCCCCAGCGGGCCUUUUGCAGCCCACCUGAGUACGGACAGCAUCCCGCGGGGUCUCAUGCCGGCCAGGGCGCUUUCAUCCUGCCGUCCUACCCGUUCUCGUCACCCAGGCACAGUCCAAAGCACUCCUCCCCUCCGGCUGAUCCGCUCAAGAAGCCACAGAACCACCCCGUUAACUUCUCCAACUCCUGGCCUCUUAAGAGCUUCGAAGGGCUUCCAAAACCUGCUCAUCAGAAGACGUUUUCCUGCCCGGUGGCAGGAGAGGAUGCAGUUAAAAACCCUGAGGCAAAGUCCCAGGACACGCCUCCGAUUCAGCUGAAACCUGCCUUUGUGCGAUCUCCGGCUUCACGCCGCGGCCUGAGUGGAACAAAACCCGUGCCUCCCAUCCCCCGGGGCGUGAGCCCCUUGCCUGAGAAAGCGGAAGUUCACCUAGUGGAACACAGGAAUGCAGAGCCAGAGGACCUGUGGCUGAACGGAAAGGAUAAGAAGCUGCCCUUCGAUCUGUUGGAGCUGAGCAUCAGCGAAAAGGAGCUGGAGGAGGAGGAGAUGCAGCGGUCUCUCCGGUCUCUUCGCAAUAGCGCGGCCAAGAAGAGGGCAAAGCUAAAUGGCAGCAGUUCUGACCUGGAAAGCCCCGACUCCGUGCUGAAGCUCGACCUGACGUCCGAGUCUCCUUCCUGCUUGUCUUCCCCAACCACCAGCUCCUACAGCGAAAGUGGCGUGUACAGCCAGGAUUCUGCACUGUCCCCGCUCUCCACAGCCCAUCAAGGAGUGAGAACAAUGUCAGAUCCCUUUCCGCUGCCUGGAGGCCACUCCCAGGCCACAGAGCUCUCGCUGCCGCCACGGAAUCGAGGCCCUGCCCCUGUGGAACAGAGUCCCAGUGCAGGGCUCUCGUCUCACGACAAAGUGACCUCCGGCGUGAGCAUUAGUGGCCAGCGCCUCAGCUUUGGAGAUGGAUCAGGAGAUUACGAAGAGGACAGCCUGAAAGCGAUGCCGCCUGCUCUCCUCAAAGGGCAGGGCAAAGAACACCAGAGGCACUGCAGGUCCACGAAAGGAUUUACGGGGCCCACUUCAAGUUUACAGCAGCUGGCUAACCAAGGGUUCCCUUCACCAAGUGCCUUGACAGAAGAUGCUGUAGUUGUUGUUGGAAAAGGAGUGUUUGGAAGCCCACCGUCCGCCCCGCUCACUUAUGGCCAGUCCAUACUGUUCUCCAUGGAGAACGGAGACGCACCUUCCUUCAAGCAGAGGAUGGAGCCUCUUUCUGGGAUCUAUGGGAGAGCCGUCCAGCAGCAGAGUUCUGCACCUUCCCUUGAUGCGGAAAAUGAAAGAGAUAUCAAAGUGGCCUUAUCCAAAUCUGCCCGGGAAAAGAUGAGACUGAAGAAGAGAGAAGAAAAAGAGUAUCAGGAAGCUAGAGACCUUGAAGGAAAGGAACCAAGCCCUUGGGAGUUACUUAAAUCAAGUGAAUCGGAGAAGAUGGCAACAGAAAGAGGGAGUGCCCUUUUCAGUCCUCGGCUGAAGAGAGCGUCAAGUGUGAAAAGGACUCCACCAUCCCUCUUGCUGGAAUCAGGAGACGUCUCUUCCCAUUCACGGAUGCCGUUCAAGGAUCGGACAUUGUCUGUAAUGCACAGUGCGGAGAUCAUGGAGCCGUCAGAGCUGAGACCUUUCCCCAAACCUGAAAUUGCUCUUUUGGAAGCGCUGCAGUAUCUCGCUGAUCAUGACUGGGAGAAGAAAAUUGAAGGCUUGAACUCAAUUCGGUGCCUUUCUGCUUACCACCCCGACGUGCUGACUGCGAAGUUACACGAAACCAGUCUGGCUGUGGUUCAGGAGGUAAAGAAUUUACGUUCGGUCGUGUCCCGGGCGGCUGUGGUCUGCUUGGGGGACCUGUUCAGCUACCUGAAAAAGAGCAUGGACCAAGAGCUGGACAGCACGGUGAAAGCCCUCCUGCACAAGGCGGGGGAGUCAAACACCUUCAUCAGGGAGGACGUUGACCGAGCCUUGAAGGCCAUGGUUAACAACGCGACACCCACACGCGCGCUUUCCUCCCUGAUCAGCGGAGGCCAAAGCCACUUGAACACAGCAGUGAGAAGAUGUGCAGCCCAGCACCUCUCCGACGUCGUGGAGCACAUGGGACCUGGGCGUGUGCUGUCAGGCCUCAAGGAUGUCACUGACAAGAUACUGUCUGCCGUGGCCAAAUUUGUCCAGGACGGCUCACAAGAGACAAGGUACUAUGGCCGAAAGAUGCUCUUCACUUUGAUGACACACGCGGACUUCGAUAAGAUGCUUGAGAAGUACGUGCUGCCGAAGGACUUGCCUUACGUGAAGGAGACCGUUGGCAGCCUGCGGCAGAAGGGGCUGGGAGAGAUGCCGGUAGUCACACCCUCGGCCAAAGGGAGGCGCUCCCACACCAGCAACAUGGACAGUUCAAGAUCAGCCUCUGUGUCGCGAGAAGCCCUCGGUGCUGGUGACAGCAGAGAGAGGAGAGAGGUACGCGAAAUGUCCAGGAAAUUAGUUCCUCGCAACACCUUGGAAAGUGCAGAAUAUGUGAAGAUCAUCACGACUUUACUGAAUGCAAAAGACUUCCGCGAUCGUAUCAGUGGGAUUAAGCAGUUACUGGCAGACACAGAGAGCCACCAAGACCUUGUGGUUGCAAACAUUGUGAAGAUCUUCGAUGCCUUCAAGUCCCGCUUGCACGACUCCAACAGCAAAGUCAAUCAGGUUGCCCUGGAGACCAUGCACCGGCUGAUUCCGCUGCUGAAGGAGAAGCUUUCCCCGGUCAUCAAUAUGCUCAUUCCUGCUCUGGUGGACAACAACUUGAACUCUAAGAACCCAGGCAUCUAUGCCGCCGCCACCAGCGUCAUCCAAGCUCUUUGUCAGCACUUAGAUGGUUAUCUGCUUCUCCAGCCGUUCUGCACAAAAGCUCAGUUUCUGAACGGAAAAGCCAAACAAGACAUCACCGAGAAGCUUGCCGAUCUCACUGCCGAGCUGUAUCCCCGGAAGCCUCAUGCUGUAGAGCAGAAAGUCCUGGUGGUCCUGUGGCACCUGCUGGGCAACAUGACGAACAGUGGCUCCUUGCCUGGGGCGGGAGGAAAUAUCCGGACGGCUACGGCGAAACUGUCAAACGCACUUUUUGCACACAUGGGUGACAACCUGUUGAUCCAAGCCUCGUCCCAGCCCCCGCACAUCAAGAGAACUCUGGAGGAAUUCCUGGACCAAGCCACCUGAUGCUGGGGGGCCAGCCGGAAGCACACCACUCUGCGCCAGCGUGCGCGGAUCAUUCUGGGGCUGCGUGAGUUCACUGUGCCUGCACUGUACCGUGUUGCAGCGAACUCGGAGUGCCUGCUUCUCUGUCAGCCCCACGGACUUGGUUUCCCCGUACGAGCCCAAGGCCGACACCAAAAUCAGUAUGACCCUCGCGGACCCCCUCUGCUCCGGUGCUGUUCCGAGAUGCCGUGGCGCUGGGACCGGCUCUGCGGAAACAAGCUCAACGCUGCUCCCUUGCACUCUCUUGGCACAGCCCCCCGCGUCGACUAACGAAGACGACCUUUUGAAAUAGGAAUCGUUUUAAUCAUGCAAUCAUGUUGUAACAUGUCUUCUCGUUUAGCCUUAAGAGGAAAACCAUCUUUGAGAGACAUGACUGAAGAACGGGGUUUUGUGUGAUGUUUGUGGAAAAAUGCAUUUUUACCAAUCACUCCACUUAAGAUGGUGCAGCGCUCGCUCGCUCGCUCGCUUUUGCUGCUGUCCCUGGAUUCCCUCCGCUUGAUGCCUGAGUGGAACCGCCUUGACAGGUUACAGUGAAGCACGUUGACCAAACUAUAUUGGAAAGACGUGGCUUUCACAAAUUUUGAGCAACAUCUGAAAACACACGUCAUGUGUUGAAUAUAGCUUCCCUAUCUCAGUGUGAAAAACAUUACAGAAUUUACCUGUCCAAAAUUUAUAAAGGUGUUAACUUUUCUGCCCUGCUGUGCAAUCCUCAGCAAUGUAGUGCCAGUUCUUCUGCUCUCAAAAUUUGACAUCUACAAGUACUGUAUUCAUUGGAAAGAAAAAUGCUAUAAAAAUAAAUGGAUUUAUUUCUGUACAACCA